AGAGAGAGAUACAAAGACAAGAGUCAAUUAGAGGAUGUAAAAGUACCCCACAAAAAAAACUCUCAAACUCUUAGUUUAGGUCCCUGCAAGAUUUUCAAGCCCUCUCUCUCUCUUGAUUUUCUUGGGUUCUAGAGAGAGAAAAGAGAAGAGGAAAUGGGGUUGGGGUUGAUGAAUGAUGAGAAGAGCAAAAAGGAAACAAGAAAAUAUCAUCAAACCCUUUGAGGUGAGGUGAGGUGAGGUGAAGUGAAGUUGAACCCACCAACAAAAUUCUUUUCUUGAUUACCCCACAUGGAACUCACUGAUUCUUCUUCACAUACCAAUAAACAACAAUCCUCCUCCACCACCUCCUCCUCCUCUUCCACCAUUCCCGCCACCACCACCUCCUCCUCCUCUCAGCCUUAUCAUCUUACUCCUCCCCACCUCCUCCACCGUCUCCAUGGCCGAUCCCCCCCAUUCAUCUCCCCCCUCCAUACACCAUCUCUUCCUCCUCCCACUGCUUCUUCACCACCCUCCGCUUCUCAACAGCUCGUCGACGCCUCCCUGGCCAUCGCCACCAGAUCGGAAACCCUAAUUGACCACCCCACCACCUCCAAGAGACCGCCCCAACAAGUACAAGCUGCGCCUCAGGGAGAACAGCAGCAACAACCCCAACAGCCGCCCAAAAGAUCCACCAAGGACCGCCACACCAAAGUCGACGGCCGCGGCCGGCGCAUCCGCAUGCCGGCCGCUUGUGCGGCUAGGGUUUUUCAGCUGACCCGAGAAUUAGGCCAUAAGUCCGACGGAGAAACAAUUGAGUGGCUGUUACAGCAAGCCGAGCCGGCCAUCAUCGCCGCCACGGGUACCGGCACGAUUCCGGCGAAUUUCUCCACCCUUAACAUCUCUCUCAGAAGCAGCGGUUCCAGUCUCUCGGCUCCGCCGUCAAAAUCCGCGCCGCAUUCAUUCCAUAGCGCGCUGGGGUUAGCCCACCAUCCUUACGAGGAGAAUUUCUCACAUAUGUUAGGGUUUCACCACCACCAACAGCAGCAGCAGCCGCCGCCUCAUCUUUUACAAGCCGCUCAGAUUACUGACACCUUAGCGGCGGGAGGAAGCAGCGGCGGACAGGAGGAGACGGAGAACUACUUGCGGAAGAGAUAUAGAGAAGACUUGUUCAAAGAAGAAGGCGCCAACAAUUCUCAAGCCGAAGGCCCCAGCAGCUCGCCUUCAAACAAGCAAUUCAAGUCCCAAAACAGCUUGCAAAAUUUGCAGAAACCCCAAGACUCGGCGGGCCAAUCUCCGGGAAGCCUAAUGAGGCACGCGAACAUGAUGCCAGCCGCCGCCAUGUGGGCCGUGACGCCGGCACCCACCAGUGGUGCCAGCGGCAGCACAUUCUGGAUGCUCCCCAUGACCGCAGCGGCCGGCGGCGGCAACAGCGCUCAAACACUAGCAGCAGCCUCGUCUACGGGCCCAUCGGAGGCAGCCCAGAUGUGGCCUUUCGCCACCGCGCACGGCGUCGGAAACACCCUGCAGGCACCGCUGCAUUUCAUGCCGAGAUUUAACUAUCCAGGGAAUCUUGAAUUUCAAGGCGGAAGAGCCAACCCACUGCAGUUAGGAUCAAUUCUGAUGCAGCAGCAACAGCAACCGCAGCAGCCCUCUCAGCAUCUGGGAUUAGGAGUUAAUCCGGCGGAGUCGAACCUGGGAAUGCUGGCAGCCAUUAACGCAUAUUCAAGAACUGGUCUGAGCAUGAACUCAGAAAACGUUGAGCAGCAGCACCAGCCUCAAGCUACAGACAGCGACGAUGAUGGCGGCCAAAACAGUUCUCAGUAAUACAUACGAUGAUCGAUACACACACAUAUAUAUCCGAGGUCAGACAUUAUCAUGAUUAAUCAUCCCAAGAAUCUCAUUAAUUCCAAUGAAAAUUCAAAUUAUUUGGAUUAAUUAAUAUAUAAGUGGGCAAAGAGAGCAUCAUCAGAACCCAUUGAAGAUUGCAGCUGCAUCAGAUUUGAAGACGGUGAAUUUCUGAAGGAAGGAAGACAAUGGAUGGAUUUCAAGAGGGGAAGAAGACAGAGGUAUUCAUCAGUUUCAGAUUUUGGAAUUUUCUAUUGUGAUGAUUUCUUGUUAGUAAUAUUGUAUUAUUAUUAUUAUUAUUUUUUUCUUUUUCUUUUUGGUUGUGGGGUGGAAUCUUAAAUAUUUGUGUAGAUUGAUGUGAAGAAUUUGAAAUUGUAAUUUGGUAGUUUGGUCCGAAGGGACAUGACAUGAUGAUGAUGAUGAGUGAGAGAGAUUUGUAUAGGAGGGGGGAAUUAAUGCUUUGUGUUACUACUUAUUACAAUCAACCCUUGUUUUUUUA